AUGGCCACUGAGCUCCCUAAUGCUCGCUUGGCUGCGGCUGGAGCGACUCCACAGGGGCCAUGGCCGGUCAAGGCUCGGCUUAGCUGGGCUUGCUCACCGCCACAGCAGGUGCUCUGGCUGGCGCUGGCGCUGGCGCUGCCUCUGCCUCCUCGUGGCCACCUCAAGCACCUCCUUCCUGCUCCAGGUGCUACUGAUUUUCAGUGCCUGCGGGCAGGUGCUUCGGUGCUCUUUUCUCCACUCCACUGCUCUCUCCACGCCCCGCUCUGGCUGUCAGCUUUGCCUGACGCCCAGCCAGCUGGCCGGCCCAAGAAAGGCGUAAGGCACCUGCCUCUGCCCUCAGAAAGCCACAGCCCCGGGCAGGGAGGUGGGGGGGCGGCAAUGAGGCGUGCAGACUCCACACGGAGGGAGGGAGUUGUGGGUAGGGUGGUGCACAGAGAAAAACAACGAUGCCCCUCCUCCCUCUCCCCCCUCUUGUUGGUUCUCAGGGAAAGAAAAGGCCGGGUCCCCCACCCCUCUGAUCUCCCGCCUAGUUCCUCUGGAACUGAUCUAAAUUGUUAA